AUGGAAUAGGAAAUUAUUAAAGUUCCUGCUAUUAUAUCUGAUAUUGAUGGAGUGCUUAUACUAGGCCCAACUCCUAUCUAAGAAGGAACUGAAGUCAUUAAAAUGAUACAAAAACCACUUUCAGAGCUUGCUCCAAGUAGGUUUGCUGACGAAAAAGAAAUGAGAUUGCCAUUUGUUUUACUUACUAAUGGUGGCGGAAUGAGUGAGGAUAAUUUUGUUUUAAAGAUAAAUAAAAUACACAACUUAACCGAUGAUGAAGUUAACAAAGUUCGCAAAGAAUAAAUAAUAUUAAACUACACUCCAUUGAAGAGUGUUAUAUAGAAUCAAUAUUAAGAUAAAGUUAUUUUAGUAGGUGGACAUGGUAAAUCUGAAGAUAUAGCUGUAUAUAUGGGAGCUAAAAAAUACAUUACUGUUACUGAAUAUUUAAAUAUAUAUCCUAUUAUUGCACCUAUUAAAUAUUAAAAGUAAUGCCAAGACACUAUCAAAGAAGUUUCUUAGCGCUUAGGAAUGUCACCUGAACAAUUACUGAAAGACCAUCUUUAAAUAUCAGCUAUUUUUAUUUUAUAUGAUCCUGAUAAAUGGGAAGAAUAUAUUUAGCUUAUUACUGAUAUCCUUACCACAGAUGAUGGUUCUAUUUCUAAAACUUAAUAUCUCCCUUAAUUUGAGCAACAUAUACCAUUAUAUUGUGUGUCAAACGAUUUAACUUAUUAAGAUACCUUCCGCUUACCAAGAAUAGUGUUUGGAUGUUUUAAUAUAGCUCUUAAAAGUGUUUACAAGCUACUUUACAACAGAGAACUUAAAAUAAAUUAAUAUGGUAAGCCUUCGCCAUUGACCUAUUAAUACGCUGAAAUGCAUUGCAAAAAUCUAAUAUAAGAAUAUAAUAAAAAAUCCCCUGGAAAGAAAUACGAAAUAAGUAACUUUUAUAUGAUUGGAGACAAUCCAUCAUCAGAUAUCUAAGGAGCUAAUAAUGCUGGGUGGACAUCUAUUCUAGUUAGAACUGGUGUCUUUAAAUUUGGAGAAAAUUCUGAAUAAUUUCCUGCAAAAUAUGUUUGUUAAAAUGUUAAAGAAGCAAUUCAAUUAAUUUUUGAAUUAGAAAAUUUAAAAUGA